GCGGCCGCGGCGGGGCAUGGACGUGGCGAGGCAGCGCGCGGCCUGACGCCGGGCUCCGGGGAGACCCAUGGCAGAGGCGCCGGGGCUGGCCCGCAACAGCUCGCCGCCGGAGGAGUGGACCUGGUCGGAGGCGGACGACGGCGACGAGGAGGCGGCGGCGGAGGAGCCGUGGGCGGGGGCGCUGGUGCUGCCGCCGCCUCCGCCGAGGCCUCGCUUCCUGGACGGCGAGGCGGCCGCCGCCGCCGACGGCCUCACCACCUGCGACCUGUGCGCGUGGGCGCGCCGCGACUACUCGGAGCACGCGCCCGCAGACGCAGCGCCCGCGGAGCUGGGCUGGGUGCUGACCCUGGUGAUAGUGUCGGCGCUGUCAGCUGCUGUGGGCGCCGUCGUCAUGAUCACCGUGCUGCAGUGCCGCAACAGGCUGAAGGUCGCCGGGUCAGAAGGUGAGCAGGAGAGGCACUCCGGCGGCAAGGCGAGGGGGUGGCUGACGGCGCGCGGCCAGCCCUCCGCGCCGCCCCGCGCCGCCACGCCCGCGCAGAACCACUACACGGUGGACGAGCCCGGCGAGGCGCUGUACGCAGAGCUGGACGCGGGGGGACCGCCGGCCCGCGCCUACCAGAACACGGGCUACCACGGCUCGGACGCAGAGCCCGACGCGGCCGCCUCCUCGGCGCCCAGCAGCGCCUACUACUCGGACCUCUCGCUGCCCGACAGGCCGUACGAGGCCGUGGGGUUGGUGCACCUGAGCGGCGCGUGCGAGGGGGCCCGGCUGACGGCCAUCACGGAGACCGCGCCCGUGCCCUCGGACUACGUGUGAACACUACCGAGUGUCGGGACUUAUACCACGGAUUAUAUUGUUUUUUAUGUAAUAAACUUAUGUCAAUUGUUUAA